AUUUGACUCCAAACAUAGAAACAAAAGUAUAUGAUGGAAAGCAUUUAGACUAUCCUGGUUAGCCACUUUAACUGCCAUUGUAAUAAUAAUGAUGACUUCCAAUAUAGGUUUAAGCUGAGAAAUUUGAGGGGAAGGGGUUAAACUUUUAAACUGAUUCCUGUUUCUGAUGUGUGAUCUAGUGGUUAGGUGCUGCAAUCAUGAUUGCAAGAUUGUGGUUUUGAUUCUCGGACCAGGCAGUGCAUACUUCAUUUCAUGUCAUUCCACCAGCUUUCAGUUGUGAAUGAGUAACUCUGACAGACUGGUGUCUCAUUCAAGGGGAGAAUGUUCUGAUCCCAAUUACUUAUAUGCCAUGAAAACCUGAUAUCUGGCCCUAUGAAACCUAGGACUUGAGACAGUAAUGUCCAGAGGUUGAUGAUGAUGAUGAUGUCCUUGACUGGUAUUUUAUUUUAUUAACUCCACAGGAUGAAAGGUAAAGUUGACUUCAGCAGGAUUUGAACAAUUGUUGACACAAGGCUAGCGAUUUUGAGUGGACAGGGAAGUUGGUUACAUCUGUUCCAGUGCUCUACUGGUGCUUAUUUUGUUGACGCUGAAAGGAUGAAAGGCAAAUUUGAACUCAGAACAUAAAGAUACAGAAGAAAAGCCACUAAACAUUUUUACUGAUCCACUUAAAAUUAUGACAGCUUGCUGCCUCAUAGACUAAAAUAAAAAUAACAAAUUGUAAUAUUGUCUCAUGAGCACAAAUUUGGGGUAUUGAUUCCAAUGGAUUUACACUCAUUCUCUGCCACAGAUGUGUCAGGAUGCAAAUAUGGACCCUGAGCUGAUCCCUUCCAGAAUAACAUUCACUGCUACAGGUAUAUCUAGCAAAUGGAUUGCAAUUAUUUGAUGCUCAAAAAGAUCAGUGGAAUGCAGGUUGCAGAGGUAGAGAUCAGCUCUUGGUUAACUGAUUCUGGGACAUGAAUGAAUUCUUGAUUAUGCUAUUUCACUUUGUUUAUUACUUAUGUCCUUGCUCUAAGGUAUGAACACCACAAAUUCAAAUUCCUUCCUGUCUGGAGUCAUUAGGGCUAAUCCUACAUCUGCUCGAAUACAGCAAACAAGUAUAACUUAAUGAUAAUAUGAACAACAUGAAGCUAGUCACUUAUUUAUGAAUAUGAUCACCACUACUCAAAAAUAUAGUUUUGAAAUUUGUUUUACUUGUGUUUAUUAUUAAUUUUGUAUUUUUCAAAGAAUUCAGUUUAUUGGAGUGUAACAGUUCAAAUGUACGGUCAUUGCUAAUUGUAAAUAUGACUGUGAGCAUGGAUCUCGCAGAUAUUUUAACUGCAUAUACAUCUGUGAUUUCUGUCACGGAACCUCCCAAAGAUUUUUACCCUCAAGAACUCAAUGACAACAAUAUUAACAAUCCCACUGCCACCACCAUUACCACCACCACCACCACCACCACAAACAACAACUGCAACAGUGAUAUUUGUAAUAUCCAAACCAUUGAAAAUAACAAUGUUGGUGGUGAUUUCACACAAAUUAAGGAUAUCCAGGAAAGACUAACAAAUACCAACAACAAUGAGGAAAAAAUGCCACUUUGUGAAAUUUGUGGAAAGUAUUUUCUUAAUUUACAAGAGCAUCUUAAAAUUCAUGUCACCAAGAAGUCAUUUGUUUGUGAAAGUUGUGGGAAAUCUUUUGCUCAAAACAGCAAAUUAUUGGAGCACAACAGAAUUCACACUGGGGAAAAACCAUUCCAGUGUGAUGUGUGUGGCAUGCAUUUUGCCAGGAAUUAUGAUAUGAAACGACACACAAAAAUACAUAGUGGUGAAAAACCGUUUAGUUGUCAUAUUUGUGGGAGACAUUUUGGUCGUAGUAGCCAGAUUCGAGAACACAUGCUAACACACACUGGUGAGAAACCAUUCAAGUGUGAAACCUGUGGAAAAUGUUUUUCCCGCAAUAGCCAAUUGCAACAACAUCAGAAUACUCAUUCAAGUACCAAAUUAUUUUCUUGUAAAAUCUGUGAGAAAUCUUUCUCAUGCAAAAGCUCUUUAAAUAAACAUCAACAUAUUCAUUUAGCUGAGAAACCUUUCCAGUGUGAUGUUUGUGGAAAGCAAUUUCUGAGAAAUGAUGAAAAAAUUAGACACACUCAAACACACUCUGAAAAUAAACAAUUAGACUGUAAUGUUUGUUGGACAUCAUUUCAGGAAAACUCACAAUUGCAGGAGCAUUUGAAAACUCAUCUUAGCGAGAAACCAUUGGAGUGUAGAAUGUGUGGGAAAUAUUUUGCAAAAGGCAGUAAACUACAAGAACAUACAAGAACACACACUGGUGAGAAACCAUUCCCUUGUAAUGUCUGUGGAAAGCACUUUGCUCGCAGUUAUGACAGGAAAAGGCACACAAGGAUCCACACCGGAGAAAAACCGUUUGGUUGUGAUAUCUGUGGCAAGCGAUUCAGUCGAAGUACUCAGAUACGUGAGCAUAUACGGAUACACACAGGUGAAAAACCAUUCAGCUGUGAAACUUGUGGACGAUCUUUUACUCAGAGUAGCAAAUUGAAUGAACAUUUACGAAUGCAUACUGAGGAAGUGCUAUUUCAAUGUUCAGUUUGUAAUGAGAACUUCAAUCAGAAUAAUAUUUUGCAAGAACACAUUAAAAGUCACAUGGAUGAGAAACUGACUACCUGUGAGGAGGAACACCGGGAACCUUUAGCUAUAGACAAUAAAUUAAAAGAUUGUAGACAGAAAUUAUUCCCAUGUGAGGUGUGUGAUAAGUCCUUCCAAGAGAAUGAUUUGCUGGAGAAACAUCUAACAACAAUCCAUAUUGGAGAGAAAUCAUUCGACUGUGAUAUGUGUGGAAAGUCUUUUGUUCAAACUAACCAAAUGCCAGCAUAUCAGGAUGUGGAAAUGGCUGAGAAGCUAUUCAGCUGUGAGAUUCGUAGCUCUUAUAUUGAAAGCAGUGAAUUGAAGAAGCACAGCCAAUUACACAGUGAAGAAACACCAUUUCCUUGUGAUGUAUGUGGAAAGCUAUUCCACCAAAGUGUUCAGCUGAAAAGACAUUUGAAAAUACAUUCUGGGGAAAAGCCAUUUAGCUGUGAUGUCUGUGAGAAAAAAUUUGGCCGAAGGUGCCAAUUACGUGAACAUAUGAAGACACAUACCAGUGAGAAAUCAUUUAAAUGUGAUACAUGUGGCAAAGGUUUCUCACGCAGCUGUAAACUUCAAGAACACAACCGAAUACACUCUGGAGAGAAACCAUUUCAGUGUUAUAUUUGUGGUAAUUUCUUUGCCCGAAACUAUGACAUGAAACGCCAUAUCAGGACACACACUGGAGAGAAACCGUUCAGCUGUAGCACAUGUGGAAAGAAGUUUAGUCGGAGCAGCCAGAUGCUGGAGCACACUAAGACACACUCUGGUGUGAAGCCUUUCCGAUGCAGUGACUGUGGGAAGUGUUUUGCACGUUCUAGCCAGAUGCAGGAACAUCAUCGAAUGCACACAGGAGAGAAACCAUUCCCUUGCGAUAUUUGUAUAAAAUCCUUUGCAAGAAGCAGUACAUUAAAGAAACACAAAAAAACACACAAAUAAGAAAAAAUUAUAUAUACAUAUAUGAUAUAAUAAAUAUAUUUCUAUGUAUCCAAUGUAAACAUUAAUACUCAAUAGUCAAGAGAUAAACAAAAAUAAGGUAAACAUUACAUAGUAAUUCCUUUUUUUAAUUUUUUAACUGCAUAUAACUUAUGUAUCUAAUAGCCAGGGUCAUGUUAAUGACUUUGAAAUGCAUUUGUUCAGCUAUUUUGGCUAACGGGUAUAGUUGUGUAAUGAAGAAACUUGCUUCACAACUAUGUGGCUUUGGGUUCAAUCCCACUGCUUGGCACCAUGAACAAGAGUCUCCCACAAUAGUUAAAAGUCAGCCAAAGCCUUUUGAGUAAAAUUUAGCAAAUGGAAAUUGUAGAAACCCAUGGAAAGGACUGUUCCACGUUUACUUCACGCCUCUGUUGACACACUUUACUAUGUACCUAAGACAUCAUGGUUUCAAACACUUAGAAUUAAUUACAUGGGGACUACACACCAGGCUUGUGAACAUCAAAUGUUAUUGGAUACCACUACAGCAAGUUAUGAAAUACAUAAAUUAUUGAGUAUUGCAACAUGUUAUUGCAUACUUAAAAAAUUUAUUUUUUAUGAAAGACAUCUUCAUUUGAAAUGAUUUUGUUUAGGAAUCUUCUAUGAGAUUUAUACAUUGUUUUGACUGAGACCCCACUCCAUAUUCGUAUCUCUGUGACUUCAUUCACACCAGACUGAGUGUAACACUUCCUGUUAGUGUUACUAAAAGAUCAUUCCAGUGUGACUGCAACACCACUCCACAUCAGUGUGACUAUAUCACCACUUCACGUUGGUCUCGCUAUAUUACCACUCCACAUUGGUUUGAUUACAUCACCACUCCAAAUCAGUAUCACUUCAUCGUAACUCUUAUCAUAUUGUUUAUAACUCCACUUCACAUCAAUGACUUCAUCAGUUUAUCACAGUGAUAUACCAGAUCCCUGAUGCUUUUCUUCUUCACUUCAUCUCCGUCUGUCACACCAUGUUCCCACAUACAUGUCACUCGGUCUGUCUGUCUGUCUACAUAGAUAUACUGAGCCAUUCAAAUCGAACUAAGUGUUAUAUAUAUUUAUAUAUAUAGACAUGUAUAUGUAUGUGUGCACGCACACCCACAGAUACACACAAAUAUAUACCGAGUCAUUCAAGUCAAACUAACACUUCAUGUAUGAUAUUGUUACAACGUGAUAUUACAUUUUUAGUUUGAAUUACAGAAACACUAGUCAGAUAAAAAAGAAAGUGCCACAUGUGACUUUUGCACAAAAAACUUGUCAUCUAUUUAAAGGAAUCAAUAAAAAUACUUAAGCCUGAACUUCGUUUUUAUUGUCGAGUCCCUGGUCAGUUAUGAUUAAGCAGACAUUUGAUCAAAUGCAUUCCAACCAUCACAACUACAUUUUAAUUUUGACCAUUUGUUGUUGGAGCUGCAGCUGCUGAGAUCAUGUAAGUUGAAAUGGGAGCAAGCCACUAACCCUUUUAUUUGCAAACCGCGACCUGAUCGCCGAUACAAGACCAUGCAACUAUUGUCAUCAGACCGCAGUUGUGUGACGAAAAUUUUAACACUUCAAGAAAUAAAAGCAAAGUAGAUAUUUA